AACCUCGAAAUCCUCAAUCAACAAAACCCAUUGCUGCAUCGCACGCCCUCUUGUGAGCGUAAGUUAAGAUAGACCCUGCUACUAGUCACACAGAUCUUGCUAAGCUAAGGGCUGGUAACAUGGGAUGAUGGGGUUUCUGUCAUGGGUUUCCUCGUUGAACACAUCCACGGGAGCGAGACGCUGGGAAAUAUCGCUGGAAAUGCUUCAAAGGCUGAGCGAGAGAAAUGGAUGCAGCAAAUACGAGACACCGUCAAGACGCUACACGACGCGGACAUUACUUGGGGGGACGUGAAACCGGAUAAUGUUUUGGUCGACGCGAAUGGCAACGCGUGGGUGAUAGAUUUUGGUGGGGGUUGUGCUUUAGGUUGGGUGGAUGAAGAGCUGGCAGGCACGAAGGAAGGGGAUUUGCAAGGCCUGACGAGCCUAGAGGAUUUUCUGGGAAUACAAGCUGUUGGAGAUGUACCAACGGAGACAUGAAUUUCCCUCGUCACUAGUUGGAGCACCGCGUCACAUGGGAAUGGGU